GGCAUCGGGAAGUGAACUGCAGUCGCUGCAGUGAUUCUUUGUUGCGCUGCAACCCACCUUCCUUGCAAGACCCCAGGACCUCGGCUGCUGCCGCUGGGGACCCCAGAGCCCUGGCUGCAGGCGGGGGAGGUUUCCUGUCGAGGGAGGAACAUUCCCGCUGCUCCCCGAGAGACUCUCCCAGUGCAGAGACCCCGGCUUGUCCCGACCCCCCUACUGGGACCCAGAGCCCUGCUCCCAGGCAGUGCCCCACGUGGAGAGAAGGCUGCAAAAUAAUGAUCAUGUUUUGCUCCAGAUCAUCCCAUCUUCUUGGGGGACGGGGAAGCAAAAUGGAUGUGAUGGAUCCAGCUCAGAUGCUGGUGACCUUUGAGGAGGUGGCUGUGUAUUUCACUGAAGGGCAGGGGGCUUUGUUGGAUCCCAGUCAGAGAGCCCUCUACAGGGAUGUCAUGCAGGAGAAUUAUGAGACUGUGACCUCACUGGGAUUUCCCAUUCCCAAACCUGACCUGAUCACCCGGCUGGAAGCAGGGGAAGAGCCGUGGGUCCUGGAUUUCCAGGCCUCCAAGGAAAGGAAGCUCCCAAGAGGUACCCACACAGCAGGUGAUGAGACAAAGAGUGAGAACGAGGAGGGGAAUCCACAGCAGAAAUGUCCUGAGCAAGUGGAACUGCAGGGGACAUUUCUGAGAAGAGCUGAAGAGAACUUUUCCCAGUGCUUGGAACAGAGAAGAGCCUGGAGUAAUUGGUGCAGGUCAGAGAGGAAGUUGGGAAACUGCCAAAGGAAGAAAGUGGAUGAAUCAAUUGAAUGUGGGGGGGCAGGCAAGGAUCCCAAGGAAAUCACAGCCCAGCAGACAAAUCACAAGGAAAAGAGACCCUAUAAAUGCUUGGAAUGUGGGAAAAGUUUCAGUCGGCGCUCUGGCCUUAUUAACCAUGGGAGAAUCCACACGGGAGAGAGACCAUAUAAAUGCUUGGACUGUGGGAAAAGCUUCAGUCAGCGCUCAGGCCUUAUUAACCACAGGAGAAUCCACACAGGAGAGAGACCCUAUAAAUGCUUGGACUGUGGGAAAAGCUUUAGUCAGCACUCAGGUCUUAUUAACCAUAGUAAAAUACACACUGGAGAGAGACCCUAUAAAUGCUUGGACUGUGGGAAAAGCUUCGAUCGGAGCUCAAAUCUUACUACCCAUCGGAGAGUGCACACAGGAGAGAGACCGUAUAAAUGCCUUGAGUGUGGGAAAAGUUUCAGUCAGCUCUCAGGCCUUAUUAGCCAUGGAAGAAACCACACGGGGGAGAGACCAUAUAAAUGCCUUGAGUGUGGGAAAAGUUUUGGUGUACCAUCUUCCCUUAUUAUACAUCAGAGGACCCACACGGGAGAGAAACCCUAUAAAUGCUUGGACUGUGGGAAAAGCUUCAGUCAGCGCUCACGCCUUAUUAGCCAUGAGAUAAUCCACACGGGAGAGGGACCAUAUAAAUGCCUUGAGUGUGGAAAAAGUUUCAGUGCACCAUCAGUCCUUAUUAUACAUCAGAGGACCCACACAGGAGAAAAACCAUAUAAAUGCUUGGACUGUGGGAAAAGCUUCAGUCAGCGCUCAGUCCUUAUUACUCAUAGGAGAAUCCAUACUGGAGAGGGACCAUAUAAAUGUCUCGAGUGUGGGAAAAGUUUCAGUGUACCAUCAGCCCUUCUCAUACAUCAGAGAACCCACACGGGAGAGAAACCCUAUAAAUGCUUGGUCUGUGGGAAAAGCUUCAGUCGUCGCUCACAUCUCAUUAGCCAUGGGAGAAUGCACACAGGAGAGGGACCAUAUAAAUGCUUGGACUGUGGGAAAAGCUUCAGUCAGCGCUCAGUCCUUAUUAACCAUAGGAGAAUACACACAAGAGAUGGACCAUAUAAAUGUCUCGAGUGUGAGAAAAGUUUCAGUGUACCCUCAGCCCUUCUUAUACACCAGAGAACCCACACGGGAGAGAAACCCUAUAAAUGCCUUGAGUGUGGGAAGAGCUUCAGUCAGCGCUCAGGCCUUAUUAGUCAUGGGAGAAUCCACACAGAGGAGAGACCCUAUAAAUGCUUGGACUGUGGAAAAAGCUUCAAACGAAGCUCAAAUCUUAUUACUCAUCGGAGACUGCACACAGGAGAGAGACCCUAUAAAUGCUUAGACUGUGGAAAAAGCUUCAGUCAACGCUCAGGCCUUAUUAGCCAUGGGAGAAUCCAUACGGGAGAGAGACCCUAUAAAUGCUUGGACUGUGGGAAAAGCUUCAGUCAGCGCUCAGUCCUUAUUAACCAUUUGAGAACCCACACAGGAGAGAGACCCUAUAAAUGCUUGGACUGUGGGAAAAGCUUCAAUCGGAGCUCAAAUCUUAUUACCCAUCAGAGGCUGCACACAGGGGAGAGACUGUAAAAAUACCUUGAGUGUGGGAAAAGCUUCAGUGAGAGCUCAAAACAUCAGGAGAGAAAUCAUAUAAGUCCCUCCACUGAGGGCUUUGUUGCUGUGGGGAGUCCACGCUUCUUGCAAGAUCCUCGAGCCCGGGCUGCAGCUGGGAGAGGGGAAUCCGGAGCAGUAACGUUCCCGCUGCUCUCCAGGAGCCGCUCCCAGGGCAGAGCCCCCCCAGCCUGGUCAGGAAACCCCUUAACGGGAAGAUCCUUGCUCCCAAAGAAGGAACCACUGGGGGGGGGGGAAGGCUGCAAAAUAACGACUACGUUUUGCUCCAGAUCAUCCUAUCUUCCUGAGGGACAGGGAAGCGAAAUGGCUGUGUUGGAUCUAGCUCAGAUGCCGGUGACCUUCGAGGAUGUGGCUGUGUACUUCACGGAGGGGCAGGGGGCUCUGCUGGACCCCAGUCAGAGAGCUCUCUACAGGGACGUCAUGCAGGAGAAUUAUGAGACAGUGACCUCACUGGCAGGACUCCCCAUUCCCAGACCUGACCUGAUUGCCCAGCUGGAAAGAGGGGAAGAGCCAUGGGUCCCAGAUCUCGAGGCCUCCGAGGAAAGGAAGAUCCCAAGAGGCACCCACACAGGUGAUAGGACUAUGAAUGAGAACAGGGAGGAGAAUCCACAACAGGAAAGUAAAGCACUGCGGAAACCACAAGAGAUGCUUUUGAGAAGAGCUAAAGGGAAUUCUUCUCAAUGCUUGGAAAAUGUCAAAAUCCGAGGAAAUCAACAUAAAUCAGAGAGGAAGCUGGGAAACCACCUAAGGAAGAAAGUAGAUGAAUCCAUUCAAUAUGGGGUAGGAUGUAAUGAUCUCAAGGAAACCAUAGUCCAGCCAAAAACCCUCAUGGAAGAGAGAACCUACAAGUGCUUGGACUGUGGGAAAAGUUUCAGUCGGAACUAUUCUCUUCUACUACAUCAGAGAAUCCAUUCGGGAGAGAAACCCUAUAAAUGCUUGCAUUGUGGGAAAAGUUUCAGUCGGAACUACACCCUUAUUCUACAUCAGAGAACCAGUAUGGGAGAAAGAACUCCUAAUCACAUUGAUGGUGGGAAAUGUGUCAAUCAGAAUUCAAACCUUAUUACUCAUCAGCAAAUCCACACAGAGGAGAGACCCUAUAAGUGCUUUGAGUGUGGAAAAUGUUUCACUGAGAAGUCAACCCUUGUUAAACAUCAAAGACUCCACACGGGAGAGAGAGCUCAUAGAUGUUUGCAUUGUGGGAAAAGUUUCAGUCGGAAUUAUACCCUUAUUAUACAUCAGAGAAUCCAUACGGGAGAAAAACCCCAUAAAUGCUUGCACUGUGGGAAAAGUUUCAGGCGGAACUAUACCCUUAUUCUACAUCAGAGAAUCCAUACAGGAGAGAAACCCUAUAAAUGCUUGCACUGUGGGAAAAAUUACAAGCAGAAAUCAAGCCUUUUUUCACAUGAGAAAAUCCACACAGGAGAAAAACCCCAUAAAUGCUUGGACUGUGGGAAAAGCUUCAUUCACAGCUCACAGCUUAUUAGACAUGAGAGACUACACACGGGAGAGAGACCUUAUAAAUGCCUUGAUUGUGGGAAAAACUUCAGUCGGAACCAUACCCUUAUUCUACAUCAAAGAAUCCAUACAAGAGAGAGACCCCAUAAGUGCCUCUAUUGUGGGAAGUGUUUCAGUCGGAAUUCAAACCUUGUUACUCAUCAAAGAAUCCACACGGGAGAGAGACCCCAUAAAUGCGUUGUGUGUGGGAAAUGUUUCAAAGAUAAGUCAAACCUUAUUACGCAUCAGAGAAUCCAUACUGGGGGGAAACCACAUGCAUGCUUGGACUGUGGGAAAAGCUACAGUCGGCGGUCACAUCUUACUAAACAUCAGAGAAUCCACACAGGAGCGUGCCCCCAUAAAUGCUUGAGCUGUGGGAAAAGUUUCAAUCAGAACUCAAACCUUGUAACACAUCAGAGAAUCCAUAUGGGAGAGAAACCCUAUAAAUGCUUGGACUGUGGGAAAGGCUUCGGUCAGAGCUCACACCUCACUAUGCAUCAGAGAAUCCAUACAGGAUAUAAACCCUAUAAAUGUUCUGACUGUGAGAAAACCUUCAUUCAGAGAUCACACCUCCUUAGACAUCAGAAAGUCCACAUGGAAAAGAGAUAUCAUAAAUGCCCAGACUGUGGAAAAAGGUUUAGGAAGAACUCAUACCUUAUCAUGCACCAGAGAAUCCAUGUGGGAGAGACAUCUUGAAUGUGGGUGAUGUUUCAGUUGGGCAUGUACCGUAUCGGGCAUCAGCAAAUCUACACAGGGAAGAGACCUUUUAAAUGUCCUUAGCCUGGCGAAUGCUGCAAUUAGGAAGCUAAUGCCAUAUUGGACACCAGAGACUCCUCCAUACACGAGAGAAAUGCUAUUUGUGCUCUGACUAGGGCUGGUCAUGGUAGUAUAUACAUCUCCAUUUCCUAAUUCCCAUACACAGCAGUGGCAUUUGGCUCCCAAGUACCUAGCUGCCCAUCUCUGGGGGAGGUUCCAGCAGCAGCUGACCCUGAGGUGAUCAGGGACCUUCUGGCUUUGCCUGCUCUAAGCAAACCCCAGGCGGAGGAGGAGAAGUCCCGAUCAGCCCCUCCUCACUGCUGCAGAGAGAGAAACUCCUCCAGAAGCUCCCGCUGGAGUUUCCCCCCUCCUCCCUUCCCAUCCAAGAUGGGGUUCCCUUUCCACUGAUAUUAGAGAAGUAUACUUGGGCCAGGCCCCACCUUCACUCCAUACACUUGUCCCCAUCCUGCGUCUUCCACCAGUCCCUGGGCUCAGCUCAGCUCCCAAACUUAUCUGGAACUGUUCCCUGCAGGAUAAGUGUCCUAGGGUGCUGGGGAUCAGAUGUCAAGUGAUGGGGAGGGGGUUUUGCCAGAGGUCUGGGGGAUUUAAUAUUUUGGGCUGGUGGAGAAGGGAAUCAAAUGGACCUCAGAGCUCAGGUGAUCAAGAUAUUGGUGGUCAUGAAUGAGAAGAGAGGGAGAGUGCAGAGUUAGGGAGGUUCUACCCUCUAUCAUUCACCUUCUCUGCCCCUUUUCCCUGCCACCUUUACAUUCAGAAGGCAACACUGAGAGGGACUAAUUUCCACAGGUCCUUUUUUGGGAGGCCUAGAAAUUCAACCUCACCAGGAGGCUGAGUUUUUCUAACCUAACGAAGUGGUCAGGAGUAGCAACCAGAAUGAUCAUGGCUUGUUUUGUAAAGGACUUGGAGGUCUACUGAUGAAAAGUUCUAUCCAAGCAUUAGAUAUAAUUUUUUGUGAAAUUUUAUUUUGGGCCAAGCAAAAUGAGACCUGACACUCAACUCCAUGGCUUUUUUUUUUUUUUUGCACGUAAUGCAAUGACUUUGAAUGCUGCAACUGAUCAAUUCAGACAUUUCAAACACCUGUGCUCCCUAUGCAAUGCAUGGGGAAAGAUAGGCACCUUAGGAUAGGAGCCACAAAAGUCAGUACCCUAGGUGGGAAGUCACCUAAGCUGGCCAGUGGGACACACCAGUGAGAGAGUUCUAUCCUAAAUCUGUCCCUCUGACAGUUAUGUAUCAAAGUCUGGGCUGCUGGGAAUUGCCAAUUUCUGCUUGGGAUGCAGGGCCGGGAACCCUGCUCCUGGACUCAGGCAACUUAUGCUGCAAGCAAUUGGUUUAUCACCAGGACCCUCACCCAAGCAGACGAGGGUGGAGAGGUCAGAGCGAUCUUUGGGGUCAUGCAGUCCUGGCAGCAGGAUGGGAAUUGCACUCACUGCAGUAACUCUUUGUUGUUGUGGGUGGAAUCCGCAUUCCUUGCAAGAUCUCAGAGCCCAGGCUGUAGAUGGGAGAGGUUAGUAUCUUCCCAAGGGAUCCUCCCACUUAGAAGACCCCAGCCUGCCCAGGACAUCUGUCAAGAUUCCUUCCCCACUCUGAACUCUAGGGUACAGACGUGGGGACCUGCCUGAAAGACCCCCUAAGCUUAUUCUUACCAGCUUAGGUUAAAAACUUCCUCAAGGUACAAACUUUGCCUUG